AUGGAGAGUCUGGUGCACUAUAGUAAUCCAUCCCACGGCCUCUCUGUGCUGGGGGUGCUCAAUGAGCAGCGCCUGAGGGGGCAGCUCUGUGACACAGUCUUGGUUGUGGGGGAUCAGAGGUACAAGGCCCACAGGAGUGUGCUCGCCGCUAGCAGUGAGUAUUUCCAAUCCCUUUUCACACGGAGGGAGUCUGAGCCUCACAAAGUGAUACAGCUGGACUUCUGUGAGCCUGACGCCUUUGAGAUAGUGCUGAAUUACAUAUACUCAACCUCUAUCUUCGUGGACAGAGGCAGCCUUGCAGCCAUCCAGGAGCUGGGCUACAGUCUAGGAAUCCCUUUUCUAACCAACAUUAUGUCAACAAGACCGCAUGUGACCUACUGCGUCUCCAGAAAAAGGCUGUCCUUCUCAGAGGACGAUAACGACAGCCAGCCGAGGAGUGUCAUUGUGCGCCAGAGCCGAGGUGGUGAUGCUCCCGGCCCCGGUCGCUACGGUUCAAAUGAUCAAGGAGAACAGACUCAAGCUUCAGGACACAGGAAACCAAACGAAUCAUCCAGGAACACUGCAUCCAAUCCCAGAAAAUCAGCUGAAGCAACUGAUGAGGGUUCUAAUAGCAAGCCCAUCAGUUCAUAUGCCUCCAUCUUAAAGGGGAAGACAUCAUCACACACAGGGUCAUCAGGAAGGCCACAGCUCACCUCCUCAGUCUCCUUCAGUGAAUCUCCAACAGUCAUGUUACAAUCUGAUCUAAGCACUAAAGAAGUGGAGGAGGAGCAGAGGCUCUACAGACCCAAACCACACUUUCAGGGCCAAGCAGGGGAGCCUAGCCAGACCAUUGACAGGAGUGGCCCACUCAUAAAAAGCCUGCUACGCAGGUCAUUAUCCAUGGACAGUCCCGUCCCAGUCUUCUCCCCCACACUGGAGCUCAAUAAACUGCAAGGCCGAGAACAGUCUGUUGUUAAGAUGGUGGCAAAUACAGAGGAAGGGACUCCGACAGAGCACAAACGCAGUGUGAAAGUAUUUCCGCCGCUUCUUCUCAAGUCAAGGCACCACAGUAGGUAUGAUGAUAAAGAUGAAACUCCAGGAAAGGAGUUCCAUGUGAAGACCGAGCCUAGCAGCCCACUGUCUGACCCCUCUGAGAUCAUUAGAAUCACAGUGGGGGAUUCUCUACCAGUUAACCUCAAAAACAUUGAAAUGGAUUUUGAACAAGGCCCUACUAAGCCAUUUUAUAAUCUCCCUGGAAAGAGAAAGGUGAGGCGAGACAAUCGAAGGUACCCAUUCAAAAAGUCUAAAGGGGUGAACGAACAUGAUUUCCUAUGUGAAGAUGAUGAAGACGAUAUGUCAGCAUCUGUACCUCACAACUCCAACAUGGACGACAAUGAUGAAGGCUGGACUGAUGAGCCCAGGAAGAGCAAGAUGUUUAAAUGCUGGAACUGUUUGAAAGUGUUCAGAUCCAACGCUGGAUUGCACCGCCAUGUUAACAUGUAUCACAACCCAGAUAAGCCGUAUGCUUGUGACAUCUGCCACAAACGCUUCCACACUAACUUCAAAGUAUGGACCCACUGUCAAACCCAGCACGGAGUGGUACAAAACCCUGCUUCAUCCUCCAGCUCGUUCCAGCUGGAUGAGAAGUUUCAGAGGAAGCUGAUUGAUAUUGUGCGGGACAGAGAAAUAAAGAAAGCCUUGCUCAUGAAGCUGAGGAGAAAUAAGCAGGGUUCGCAGUCUCAGGUGUUUGCCAAAAAAGGUGGCCUGAGUUCAAGGUCAAAUUUGAUAUGCCCUUACUGUGGGAAAUCGUUUGUGUUUCUGUAUCAGUUCAAGCAGCAUUUGAAGACACACCCUGCGGAGAGAGACAACCAAGAGACUGAGAGAGAGAGCAGUCUCUACCAAAAGGACCAGCCCAGUCAGAGAGAGAACACAGACACAGGGAUUUACUCCUGCAGGCUCUGCAAUGAGAAGCUGUCCUCUCUCUUUGAGCUGGGAGACCACGAGAGGGGCUGUCGACACGCAACCGUGUGCCCUUACUGUGGCCUCCGAUUCUCCAGCCCAGCGGUUAAAAAAGAGCACGAAGCACACUGCAAGUACAAGAAACUGACUUGCCUGGAGUGCAUGAGGACCUUCAAGUCCUCCUUCAGCAUAUGGAGACACCAGGUGGAGGUUCACAACCACAACAUUAUGACUGUUAAGGAGCAGCUGCUGAGCCAUCGGGAGGAGAACAAUGGAGAAGUAUCUGACCACGUCGGAAGGCCUCUCCAUACCCAGGAGUCUGUGGGAGCGGGGAGCUCCAGAGAGGAAAUCAUCUACAGUGACUCCUCAGGUCCGCCUAUGUUAGAUUCAGAGGAUUCUUUAUCAUUCGUGCCCGAGGACCUGAGUGCUAGCCAGCGUCACAACGACCAUCACGGCGAGCUGACAGUGAAGGACGAGCCCAUUGAGGAGGCCGUGAGCGAGAGGGAGGACAUGACGUCUAGGGCCGCCGUCGAGCCCGAGGAGCCAGGUGUGUGGCCAUGCGAAAAAUGUGGCAAGCUCUUCGGUGGCCACAAAGACCUUGAGCGUCACCAGGAGCUGCUGUGUCACAUCAAACCCUUCAUCUGUCACAUCUGCAACAAGGCCUUCAGGACCAACUUCCGCCUUUGGAGCCACUUCCAGUCCCACAUGUCCACCUCCGAUGAACCUGGAGCGAGAGAGGUCGAUGACAGGCGCCCUUCGUCUCCCUCCCCCUCACCACCACCGGCGGUCACACAAGCAACUGGACGUCCUGCCCCACAAGUUUCUCCACCUAAACCAGUGGAGGCAGAGCCAGUGGUAGCUAAAGCUGUGAUAGCGAAAGAGGAGGAGAAGCCUGGAAGCUCAUCGUCAAUGCCCAGGACCAAGAGGCCAGAGAUGGACAGAUCACACAGUAGCCCCCUACCCAAGAUGGAUAGUGUGGAUAAUCCCCUCACCCCUCAGGAAUCAGAAACCCUUUUUUACCACGCCCCCACUCUCUCUGCCCUCACAUUUAAGAGGCAGUACAUGUGUAAGCUCUGCCACAGAACAUUCAAGACUGCCUUUAGUCUUUGGAGCCAUGAGAAGAGCCAUAGUCACAUUUAA